CUAUGUCGUCUCCUUGCCGGACCAUAAACGCAAAUGCUAUCGCCGCGCCGUCGCCUUCGGGAAUGACCUUCCGCGGUUGUCGAGAUUUCGUUCCGAUCGAUAAGAGGCUCCUCAAAUCAAGCUCUGGUGGCUUGAAUCUCCAGAAGAAGAUGAGAACGACUGGCUCGGCUUGGAGUUCUAGACCUCCGGGGAGAUUUCUCUCUUGGCGCGUUGCGUCUGCGUCUGCGUCGGCGGCUGUAACAUCGAAUUCUCCGAAUAGAUUGGAGGCUUUAGAAGAGGGGAUUGAGAAGAUUAUAUAUCGAUGUCGAUUCAUGGCGCUUCUUGGAACACUAGGAUCUUUGCUCGGAUCGGUUAUCUGUUUCAUCAAGGGAUGUAUGUAUGUCGCAGACUCGUUUGUGCAGUAUACUGUGAAUCGUGGGAAGGUGAUAUUACUUCUUGUCGAAGCCAUAGGAACUGUGAUGUUGGUCUUUGGAAUGGGACUAUACGAGCUGUUCAUUAGCAAUCUCGACACUUCAGAAUCGAUCUCACGCGAUAAUAUUGCCAAUAGAUCGAGUCUCUUUGGCAUGUUCCCCUUAAAGGAGCGACCUCAAUGGUUAGAGGUGAAAUCUGUUAGCGAGCUGAAAACGAAGCUGGGACAUGUAAUAGUGAUGCUGCUGUUGAUUGGUUUGUUCGACAAGAGCAGGAAAAUUGUUAUAACUUCUGUCACGGAUUUGCUUUGUAUCUCUGUCUCUAUCUUUCUUUCCUCUGCUUGUCUCUUCUUGCUCUCUAGGCUCAAUGGAUCUCAU